AUGUGCGGCCCACCGCCACCCUCUUCAUUUGCGGUCACUCAGCUGAUCAUCUCGCUGAUGGCUCGUUGGUUCUUAUGUCAAUUCUACGGACCAAAGACAAAUAAGGACGUGUUGAAGCAUGACCCGCUCUUCUACCAUCGUUUUAUCGAGGCACAAAAAUUUGCAUAUGCUCAAAGAACAUUAAUGGGUGAUGAAGCAUAUGUGAAAGAGGCAAAGAAACUGGCUGAAAAUAUGACAACGAAAGAAUAUACAAGCUGGGUGUUUUCUAGAAUGCGUAACAGGGCACAGGCAACCGAAUACUACGGGGGAAUGCAAGGGCAGAUGGAUGAUCAUGGCACAUCGCACGUAGCGGCUCUAGAUUCGAAUGGAAAUGGAGUAUCAUCUACCACAACUGUCAACCGAUGGCAAGUACUAUUGUUCGGGGCAGUGGUGCAGUCUGUUAAAUUGGGUGUUGUAUUCAACGACGAGAUGGACGACUUCUCCACCCCAGGUAUCAUUAUUUCGUGUUAUAUUUGA